GGGCCGUUCUCUCUUCAGGUUAGUUCAGGAUGGCAGACCAGAGGCAACGUUCGCUCUCUACCUCCGGGGAGUCGCUGUACCACGUGCUGGGGUUGGACAAGAAUGCCACUUCGGAUGACAUCAAAAAGUCCUACAGGAAACUUGCAUUGAAAUAUCACCCCGAUAAAAACCCUGAUAAUCCAGAGGCAGCGGAAAAAUUCAAAGAGAUCAACAACGCACACGCGAUAUUGACGGAUGCCACCAAGCGCAACAUCUACGACAAGUACGGGUCUCUGGGCCUGUACGUCGCCGAGCAGUUUGGCGAAGAGAACGUCAACACCUACUUCGUGUUGUCCAGCUGGUGGGCAAAGGCCUUGUUUGUCUUCUGUGGGCUCAUCACAGGCUGCUAUUGCUGUUGCUGUCUGUGCUGCUGCUGUAAUUGUUGCUGUGGGAAGUGUAAACCUAAACCUCCUGAAGGCGAAGAGCAGGAAUACUACGUCUCUCCAGAGGACUUGGAGGCACAGUUGCAGUCAGAUGAAAGGGAGGCCUCAGACGCGCCUGUCGUGGUACAGCCAGCAUCAGCCACGGAGACGACCCAGCUCACAGCCGACUCUCACCCCAGCUACCACACUGACGGAUUUAAUUAAGUUAAGGAAACGCUCUCAUUAGAACGGA